CCACAUUACAAAGAUAUUGUGAUAAUCACGACAUUACAAAGAUUUUGUUGCAAGCGGAUCAGGUACCGUGAAAACAGAGCCUACUAACAACCAUUAAAUCAGUGGAAUGUUGCAAACAAAGAAGCAUGCAUAAUUAGACUUAAUCUUGACUAUUUGUAAAGCGUUCACGCGUAAACGAACACUGUUGCCAAUAUUUGCACUCACAUUAUAUCAGUGAUGGAGAUGUUUUCUAUCAAAUCGCUGGCUUUGAAAUGGUUUUAUUUCAGUUGUGUCGGAAGCGUAUCUUUGUACGCAGAAUUUUGUCAUCUUUGGUUCAAGCAACUUGGAUUUAGUCCUAAACAAAUUGGCUUCACAACUCUCAUGGGUGGUCAGCACUUUUUGGUUUUGUUUAUUCUCCUCCUCGCCGACAAAUUUCGUGCAAGAAAGGCUGUUUCUUUCAUGGCAAUUAUUGGUGUUACUCUGACUGGUUUUAUGCCUCUUCUGCCAUUGGUUGUAUCAUUACCAACGUGCUUUACCGAACGGAAUCAAAUUUCUCGUUAUCGCUUUGAUUCAGGGUUUGUAAUAUUUAACAACGGUUCAAUGCAUUCAGGAUCAAAUAUGACUAAUUCAUCACCUCAAAAUUCAAUUGAAGAGGCUUCAAAAAUGGCACAAAGCGUACCGUGGUUAAGUAAACUUUUUAUUCUGAUGACUGUGUCCAGAUCACUUAACGUCAUGUUUGACACCGUUGCCGCUUCUUUAGGAAACCUUGCUGUUGUAACUUAUCUGAAGGAACGAAGCUCUAAUUACGGCGCUUAUUUUAUGUGGUACAAUAUUGGUGGUGCUGUUUCAAUUUUCACAGUAGCUUUUCUCUCCUGGAGCACCAGAAUAACAGUCUGCGGGAUUGAGGAUUAUGGUUAUAGUUUGGCAUUUAUAGUUGCUGCUUGCAUGGCGUUAUUCUCAAUGGUUUCUCUACCGUGGUUUGAGUUCGAGUAUGAUCAGACUAAAACCAUCAACUGGGCAGAUUUAAAAUCUCAUUUGUUUAAUUUUCAUUAUGUUUUCAUGUUCCUGAUAAUAUUUUACGCCGGCUUAUGUUGCUCGUUUCAAAUUUACUGGGAGUUUUGGUAUUUGGAUGGGUUGCAGGCCAGUCCAUUAUUGAUGGGGGGAGCUGCUUUAAUAAGACGGCCAUUACUAGCGCUUUCAGCUUUCGUGUCAGGAAAUUUUAUACGAAAAAUUGGUGAAUUAAAGACGGUAUCUUUGGGAUUGCUUCUUUAUUCACUGUCAUUUCUUGCUCUUUCUUUCACACGGAUACCUUGGUUUGUUAUUGGCAUAGAUAUAUUCCAAGCGGCUGCUUAUGGAUUAAUUCUGUGUUCUAUGACGGUGCACUUUUCAAAAGCAGGAUCCAAAGAAAAUUCCGGAUUCAUCCUGGGUCUCGUUGAAAUAAAUUUUGCCAUUGGAUUUGACGCUGGUGCUUUGACACUUAUGGGAGUUCUUUUCGAUGAUCUUGGCACACGGAUGACGUUACUUAUCUACAGCUUGACAACCUGUCUCGUCCUUUUUUUAUUUGUUUUUCACAUCUAUUUUUCAAAACAUGUUCAUGGUUAUGAAAAACUGAAGCAAACAACCGAUGAUUAAUCAAUCUUCGCUAUUAAUAAUCUUGACAUUAAGUUAACAUUAAUUAACAUUGCAUGCGUCGGUUUCGUCCGCGUGAGUGAAACACACUUUGUUAUUUAGGCCCAUAACGGUCGAAUGCGUAGAUUUUCAAAGGCCGUUUCGCCGGCGCGGGCGAAUUAAAUGUAAUGGUAAACAGCCUCAAGACCCAGACAGACAGCACGC